UACGUAUUCACAUCUUGACAGACUGACCGCGGCCCCGUGCCGCCGGACAUUGUCGUUAUUUCUUUCUCAAACGUGAGCGUGCUAUCUGGCGUUCGGGCAACGCACUAUCAGCCGCGGAGCAGAAAAGAAACCCCGUCCAAGGGUCGACGCGCUAUCCCUUGAAGCCACUUCGCGUUGGGAGCGUGCCGCCGUGCACGUGAAACCGCGCGAUCAGCCACGAUGCUGAGCGGACGGCUAGCGCUGGUGACUGGCGGAGGCAGCGGAAUCGGCCGCGCCGUGUGCCUUGGGUUGGCUCAGGAAGGUUCUCGGGUAGUCAUCGCUGACGUCAACAAAGAUGCCGCGCGGGAUACUCUCCGGAUGAUGCCGAAUGAGACGGACCACCAGUCGCUGCAGGUGGACGUGGGCGAAGGGCAGUCGGUGCGUGAGCUGUUCUCGGCCAUCCGGCGGCUCUACAGCUGCGCUCCCACCGUGGUGGUCAACUCGGCGGGAUGCCUCACGCACAGCUUCCUCCUCAACACCGACGAGCGGGCCUUCGACGAGAUGGUGCGCGUCAACCUCAAGGGCACUUUCCUUAUCACCCAAGAGGCAGCCCGGGAGAUGAUGGCCGACGACACUUCAAAGAACCAGGACCGGUCGAUCGUGAACAUCUCGACCAUUCUGGGCAGCACGGGCUUCCCCAAAAUGUCGUGCUACGUGGCUGCCAAAUCUGGCGUCAUCGGCUUCAGCAAGUCUGCCGCGCUCGAGCUCGCCCCAUACGCGAUCCGCUGCAACACCGUUCUGCCGGGCGUCACGGACACGCCGCUGCUGUCUCCGCUGGACGAGGAGACGGUACAGAAGCUGAUCCGUCGCUCGGCCAUGCGACGCGAAGGGAAGCCCGAGGACAUCGCCAGCGUUUGCGUGUUCCUCGCGUCGCCCAGGAGUUCGUACGUCACCGGCGCCGCCAUCGAAGUCACCGGGGGCCUCUCGGCAUGAGCGCCAUCGUCCGUAUCAGCUGCACCUAUGGACGAGUCACAGGCUGGCGAACACUGAUAUGGAAAAUUAUUGUAUGGAGGAGGAUCCUCUUAAUGGGGACGAAGAUAAGCUAGCUAUGUUUACGACAGCAAUUAAGGAGCGCAGUUUGAACUGUUUGUAUGUCUUGUCGCAAAAAGAAACUAACAAGUAUACACACAUGGCGAAGAACCACAAGGGCGCAGCACUGCUUGAACUGCUCUUCUCAUGGAAAACUCACAGACAAAAUCAGUAACAAAGCGCAUCUGGCUGCA